AUGAGGGGAUUUGAUCUGAUCAAUGUUAUGCUGCCAGAUGAGAUAAUGGUGGAAAUUUUCCGGUCUCUGGAGUCGAACGAGAACCGAGAAGCCGCUUCUUUGGUGUGCAAACGGUGGCUACACCUAGCGAGGUUAAGCUGCGAGACCAUCCACAUCGGCUUCUCAACCAGCACCGAUGCCCUUGUCGAGCUUCUAAUCGACAGAUUUGUCAACGUCCGUGAUGUUUUCAUUGAUGAAUCUCCCUUUACGUCCCUUGCCCUAAAAAUGCUCAGGAUUCAGGGUGGAGCCGUUCUCCUUAAUCUAUAUGGUAAUUCUAUAGAUGGUAUGACAAAGUGUUGCUUAUCAGAUUCUGGGUUGGCUGCUGUUGGAGAUGGAAGCAACUAUGCUUAUUGGAAAGUUCGAACGAGAGCCUUCCUUAAAGCUUUGGAUGGUAUUUAG